AUGAUUUCACCGCUCGUGCGCCGCGUUGCCAACCACCAUAAGAAGACCAUCAUCUCGCGAUGUGUUCUGGUUACUGCUAACUCUUCAUUAUCCUCUCCGCAACGAGCUUUUUCACUAACUCACACCCAACCUCGACUCUCACAACAUCAAAUAUCAACGCCACUACAAGCACUCAGGAUGGUUUCCAACUCCGCUAACAAAAGAUUUUCGCGAGAGCAUCUCUUCGACUGCAAGGGCCGUGUCGCCCUUGUCACAGGAGGUGGCUCGGGUAUUGGUCUCAUGAUCACACAAGCUCUUAUCGCGAACGGUGCCAAGGUUUACAUCACAGGCCGAACCACUGAGAAGCUAGACCGCGUCGUACAGACCUACUCAGAAGGUCAAGACACCAUCAUCCCCAUCCAGGCCGACAUAACUUCGAAAGAGGACAUCAAAAAGCUUGUUAACACGAUCGAAUCAAAGGAGUCUAAAGGAUUGCACAUCCUCGUCAACAACGCCGGCAUAAGCGGCUCGACACUCGAGACGUCGGCAUCCUCGGCCGAAGAGGCCAAGAAGAACCUCUUCGACGCCGAGGUGUCGACAUUCGAGGACUGGACUUCAGUUUACCAGACGAAUGUGUCCCAGCUUUUCUUCAUGACGACGGCAUUGCUACCCCUCUUGGCAAAGGCCAGCGAGAGCGAACGUGGAUGGUCUAGCACCGUCCUAAACAUCACCUCAAUCUCAGGACUCGUCAAGUCCUCACAGCAUCACUUCCAGUACAACGCCAGCAAGGCCGCCGCAAACCACCUCACGCGCAUGCUAGCGACGGAGAUUGCCUCCGAGAACGGCAUCCGCGUGCGCAUCAACGCCAUUGCGCCUGGUGUCUUCCCCAGCGAGAUGACGGCUGGCGAGAGCCGUGAUGACCAGAAGAGCGAGCUCGACGUAGACAAGUUCAAGAACAAGGUCCCAGCUCGAAGACCGGGCAGGGACGAAGACAUGGCGCAGGCUGCGUUGAAUGCCGUAUGCAAUCAAUAUAUUAAUGGUGAGGUAAUGGUCGUGGACGGAGGAUAUACCAUUGCUGCGGGCAAAUAG